AUGGCGUCUUCGAACCCAUUUCGAAGAUCAGUUCUACAGGCAAAAGCUGCCGACUCGACUCUCCCUCCUCUUGAACCAAUAGACGCGACACAGACACAUGCUGCGCCCCCGCGCACAUCGUUUCGCGAGCCAGAACCCAGCGACGCAGACGACGAGCCCGAGCCCGAGCCCGAGCCCAAAGCGCAGCACGACCGUAAACAGAAGCCAGUGAAAAAGGUCAGGGUGUUGACGCCACCACCGCUGUCGCCCGACUCCCCAGAAUGGCCAGAUGUCGAACCCAUGUACCGGACCGGGGCAGGCCUGGUACCGCCCCCGGUCAGCUACGACCCCUUUGCCGGCUCAGCGACGGAUGAAAGCGACCGAGAUGGCGCGACAACGCCCCCAUACUCCGGGGUCGCUGCCGGUGCUUUCGCGACCCCUCCCUCGGCGCCAGGAGGACCGCCCGGCAACCCUUUUAGCCGCACGCUGCAAGAUAUAGAAGAUGCAUCAAACAAGGAAGAGCUGGACCUGCAGCAAAGGGAGGAGGGAGAGGUUCUCAAGGCCGCCAACGCCGGCACGCCGGCUCUCAACGUGGAUGCCUUUAAGAGGCUCCUCCUGACGGGCAAUUCUGGAGUGCAAGACCGUCAGGUACCCGCUGACAACCAAGGGCUUGCGUCUCUAAACGCGGAAGCAAACAAAAUCGUGACUUCUCCUCAAGCUGCCCAAGAGCAUAGCGAGAUUCACGGCGACAAGAGCAGCUCGCAGCAAGGUCAACGCGUCGUUUCACCUUUGGAAUCCAGCAAGGAAAAAAAGCUUAUACCUCCACCACCACCAAGCUCUCGCCACGGCAAGACCAUCAAGAGCGAGCAGCCCAAAGAACCCGAGCACCACUACGUACCGUCCGAGACCAAAAUUGCACCACAUUCACAUAUACCACGUGGCAAUGAGUCAGAAUCUACCUUGGAUGAAAAAUCAUCGAAUGACUCACAUGCGAACGAGGCCGCAGCGCCCAGCAGCAACACAAAAAAGUCAGCACCAGUGCCGCCCCCACGCCGUGGCCACGCACGUAGCGAUUCAAAGUCUACGCACCCACCCUUUUCCUCUUCCAAGCCCGGCGAGGACGAUCACGAGCCUCGCUCAUCUAUAGACUCGACGCACCGACAGGACGGCGGCGAAAAGGCCCGCGGCCAAAUCCCCGCGCCGCCACCGCCCCGGCGGCCGCACGCUACACCCAAGCAGAGCGGCUCGGCCACUGCCUCGUCGUCAUCGAUCCCGCAGCGCAACGCGGCGGAAACGUCGCCCAUAUCAGGCCGGUCGCCGGCGCCGCCGCGGCCACCGGCCAGAAACCCGUCCUCUGCGCGACGGCUGCCUGGUGGUGGAAGUAGUAGCAGCGGCGGCGCCUCCUCCAUCGACAGGCGGGACAGCGCGCCGCCGCCGCCGCCGCCGCCACCACCACGACCACGGCACCGAGGCAGCAGCAGUCCCACGCGCAAAUCGAGCGCUGAGACGCCGGGCAAAUCGUCUGUAAAUUCUAGCAAGGGAGCGGAUAUCCUGGCCGACUUGGAUGCGCUGCGGCGCGAGGUCGAGGCCUUGCGCGGUGCGCGGUAA